ACCUUGCCUUGCACAUCUCGCUUAACGCAUUCAAAAGCAUGCACGUCUUCCUCGCAAAUCCACCUCCCAUGCACUUCCAUUCAUGCACGACAUGGAUUCCCUGCUCUUCCUCUUCCUCCCCGUUCUCUUUAACUGCGUACCGUAUUCUGUCCAUUGCCAGCAGCAACUCUACCACAACGAGCGCAACGACCUGCUCCUCCUCCGCGACUCCUUGAGUUCAACUCGCAGCCUCCACGACAACUGGACCGGCCCGCCGUGCCAUCGAGACCGGAGCCGGUGGUUCGGCAUCGAGUGCUCCGACUUCAAGGUCGUCACCAUCUCCCUUUCCGGGAUCCAGCUCACCGGCUCGCUCCCUCCCACUGCCCUCCAGAACGUGCUCCACCUCACCGCGCUCAACCUCAGCGGCAAUGCCCUGCACGGCGCGCUCCCGACCCUCCACGGCCUGGUGCGCCUCCGUUCGGUGGCGCUUGCCGAAAACCGGUUCUCGGGUUCGAUACCGGAGGAGUUCACCUCGUUGCUGGAUUUGGAGAGGCUGGAGUUGCAGGACAACGCGCUGAGCGGGGCGGUGCCGUCGCUGGCGCAGGGGAGGCUGGCGGCUUUGAAUUUGUCCUACAAUUUUCUGGAGGGGAGCAUCCCGAGAAGUUUGGCGGCCAGGGGUUUUGACGCCUCCUCAUUUGAGCACAACCCAGGGCUCUGUGGGAGACCGUUGCGCAAGCCCUGCCACGAGGAAACGGAAACGCCGUCGAUGCCGCCGGCGGUGACGAGUGGUGCUAGGCCUGCUACUUGGAUGAAUUCGCCAUCGGGAAGGAAUAAGGAGGUAGGAAGUUGGCUUCUUGUGUUGGUGGCGGCGGGUGCGGCGGGGCUUGCCUUCGCGGUGGUGUUAUGCCUCAUGAGCUACUCCAACUCCAGGCGGCACGCCGCUGACAAAGCCAAGGCCGAGGCCGGGGCGGAGGCCGAAGCGGAAGGCCCAGAGAUAAUAACUACUAAGACUAUACAACAAGCGAAGAAGAAAAUUACAGAUCUCUCUUUUUCGAAAAUCGACAAGGCAACCUUCAACCUCGAUGAUCUCCUACGAUCCCCUGCCAUGGUGAUUGGAACAGGCCAGAUUGGCAACACAUUCAAGGUGACGUUGGACUCCAAUGAAGUUGUCGUUGUGAAGAGGCUCAAAAGCAUGCUAGCUUUGACGAAGAAGGAACUCCAUAAGCAAAUGGAGCUCCUUGGAAAACUAAGACACGAAAACCUUGUUGAGAUCAUUGCCUUCCAUUUCUCUAACGACGAAAAGCUCAUCAUUUAUGAAUACAUCGUCGGCAACAGCUUAUUCCAUCUUCUUCAUGAAAACAGAGGAGAAGCCAGGGUGCCCCUGAAAUGGUCAGCACGCCUAAACAUUGUGAAAGGAAUUGCCCAAGGUUUAGCCUUUCUCCACCAAUGCAUGCCGAUACGCGAUAAGGUUCCUCAUGCCAACUUAAAGUCCUCUAAUAUCAUCAUCCCCUCUCAUCUCAACCACCAGCCCAAGCUCACAGACUAUGGCUUCCACUCUGUCCUCCCUCCGAGCCUUGCUAACAGAUUAUCCAUUGCCAAGGUGCCAGAGUACCUGCAUGGUAGGAAACUUACGCCGAAGGCUGACGUAUACUGCUUUGGGUUACUUGUUUUGGAGAUUGUGACGGGACGAGUUCCCAGUGAAGGGGAAGAGGACUUGCCUAAGUGGGUGAAGCUAACCGUGAACAACAAUUGGUCGAGUGACCUAUUGGAUUUGGAGAUAGUGGCAGAGACAGAGAGGCAUCAGGAGAUGUUGAAGCUUACACGGAUUGCAUUAGCCUGCACAGAGGUGGAACCAGAGCAACGACCCGUGAUGACUGAUGUGGUAAAGAGGAUUGAGGAGAUCAUCCUUACGAGUAGUGGAAGGUGAUUUUGAUAUAAACAACUUUAGAAGUAUGAUUAUUGUAGGAAAAAUGAUAUGCUCAAGGAAAAAAAUUAAAGGAAAAGCUCAAGGAUAGACACAUAAAGUGAUGGGGUCCACAUGAAAUGAUGGGUCAUGAUUUUAUGUGUCUAUCCUUAAGUUUUUCCUUGAGUUUUUUUUCUUGAGCAUAUCAUUGCUCUUGUUGU